UGAUGACAUUUAAAGAUGCCGAUUUUAGCGUUGGACGUAAGAACAGUAAAACUAAUUACCACUACGCAAAUAAUAACAUCUGUGUAUGCCGUAGUGAAAGAACUAAUAGAAAAUGCAAUCGAUGCCGAUGCAGACAAUAUCGAAAUUAACCUAGUAUGUCAACCAUAUAAUGUAUAUUUAUGUAUUUGCAUGAUAUUUUUUAAGGAAAUGCAUUAUAUUCACGCAUCUUUAUAUACUCUUUAGAUAGAUAAUGGUACAUCUUUAAUAGAGGUGAAGGAUAAUGGUUAUGGCAUAUCUACGAACGAUGCAUCGUACAUGGCAUUACCUUCCUACACGUCUAAAAUAGCAAAUUUUGAAGAUCUAGAUGCAUUACGAACAUUUGGAUUUAGAGGAGAAGCGCUUAGCGCAGUAUGUGCAGUAGCAGAAGUCACUAUUAUUACAAAAACAGAAGAGGAUAACGUUGGAACUUCAUAUGUAAUGAAUAAUGAUGGACAAAUUGUAAACUAUGAAUCUUGCCAUAGAAGUAUAGGCACUACGGUACAAGUAAAAAAUUUAUUUAAGCAAGUGCCUGUGAGGAGACAAAUAAUUACGAAUAAGAAAAAAGCUAAUGAGACUAUCAAAUUAUUGGAGACCCUAAUGCAAUGCUUUGGGAUAUGUAAACCAAAUGUACGAAUUCAAUUUAGAGUGAAUAAUAAUAUUAUGUUUACAAAACCAAGUCUAAAUAAUAUCAGAGAAGCUGUAAAUCAUAUACUUGGCAGAAAAAUUAUGUCUAACAUGGAAUGGAUUGAGUCUAAGGAUGUAGAGUUCACUCUGCAAUUAAUGUUGCCUUCAAAAAAGGUACAGGAUUUAUCAGAAAUUUCUCAUCCUGAUUUACACUAUAUUCUUGUAAAUAAUAGGCCUAUUAAGCAUAAGGAUCUUGAAAAGCUAGUAAAUCGUCUGAUAUUAGAACAUUUUGAACAAGAGUCAUAUAGAAAGAAAAUAGUAUUUCUUGUGUAUAUUAUUCUGAACCCAAUGGAUAUUGAUGUCAAUCUAGAACCAAAUAAAGAUGCAAUUCUUUUCAAAGAUCAGAAUAAAGUCCUUAAUGCUGUAGAUAAAUGUAUAAGAAAAUUCUAUGGACUUAAAGCUACAGAGAUCGCUGAACAAAACGUGUCGUUAGAUACAUCUGUCUGUUAUGAGGAUUAUGUAUCUAAUUCGAAUGAAAAUAUUGCUGAUACCGAAUGGCCUGCGUGCAAAAAACGAAAAAUACAAGAAAGAGUUAUUCAAGAAAAUAUUGUCAAAGAGAAAUCAAUAUUUAAUAACAGCAACGAAUGUAAAAAAUCUCCUCAAAAUGAGCAACAGAAUGAUAAUCAGAAAUAUCAUGAAGAUACAUUGGCUCUAACAACUCAUAUACAACCACCGAAUUUGAGUGAUUCUGAUUCAAAUGAUACCUUUCCUAUCACAAAUGUGACUAAGGAUAAGGCAGUAGACGAAAGAUUAAGUUUAAGUCAACUUCCUGUAGUAGAUCUUGGUGAAGAUUUUGACUUUGUAGAAGAAAUUGAAAACCCUAAUAUUUUCAUGAACAAAAACGAUGCUAGUAAAGAAAAUACCCAAGAAAAAAAGCAAAUUACAAUGGAGACAUGGAGUAAAGGACAGGUCACUGGACUUAAGGGUGGUACAGAUAUAAAAUCGGAUAUUGCCACUGAGAACUCGAAUGAUAACUUAAAUAAUAAACUUGAUGAAACACUGGAACCAAAUAGAGCACAUGUUGAUCAUAAAGAUCUUAAAUUUUUAAAACAUGUUAGAUCACAAGUUACAAAAGAAAAUCCUACAUUAACUGCAGCCCAAACUGCAAGAAAAAUUACCGACUUUUGGAAGCAAUUGUCAUCCGAAGAGCGUGGUUAUUAUCGUGACAUUGCGAAAGAAGAAGAAAAGGAACAUAAGAGACACGAAAAGCAUGAGGGAAAAGUCGAUGCAAAUAAAAUAGUCUCAGGGAAAAAUAAGAACAGACUUUUACAAUUGUUCGAGAAAAUGAAAAACGCAAAAAAUGAGAGAAAAGAAAAUUUAAAUAUGAGGACAAUAGUACCUUGGAUCAUCGACAGAGCUAAAAUAAUCACAAGAUCAGACUUUGAAAGUGAACACAUAAUAGGUCAAUUGACAUCAAACUUAUGGAUUGCUACAAUUUGUGAACAGAUGUGGAUUGUAGAUAUUACUGGUCUGAUCACAGGUUUGAAAGUUACCGAUAUCGAGGCAAAUAAGGGUUUUGUCAAAGUAGUCAAGAACAAGCAGUAUUUCAAACGGUAUCAAGUUAAGUUCAAGAGGCGUCGCGAAGGAAAGACUGAUUAUUAUGCUCGUAAACGGCUGACUAUUCAGGACAAGAAUAAGUACAAUACACCUAAAUAUAGGUUGAUUGUACGUUUGUCCAACAAGGAUAUUACAUGCCAAGUUGCCUACUCAAGAAUUGAAGGAGAUAGGAUUGUAUGUGCUGCUUACAGCCAUGAACUUCCUAAAUAUGGAAUCAAAGUUGGUCUUACCAACUAUGCAUCUGCUUAUUGCACCGGUUUGCUCCUGGCUAGGAGACUUCUUAAGAAGCUAGGAUUGGACUCCUUAUACGUGGGUACUACAGAUGUGACUGGCGAUGAGUAUAAUGUUGAGGAAUUGGAUGAUGGCCCAGGUGCAUUCAGAUGUUACCUGGACACCGGAUUAAUGCGUACUACAACGGGCGCCCGAGUUUUUGGUGCUAUGAAAGGCGCAGUUGAUGGUGGUCUCAAUAUCCCUCAUAGUACUAAGAGAUUCCCUGGCUAUGAUGGUGAAUCAAAAACGUUUAAUGCAGAUGUGCAUCGACAACACAUAUUCGGUCAACAUGUUGCAAAUUAUAUGAGAACUUUGGAAGAGGAAGACGAUGAAGCUUUCAAAAGACAGUUCUCACACUAUAUUAAGAAUGGCAUCUCCGCGAAUGAUAUCGAGAAUAUAUACAAGAAGGCCCAUGAAACCAUCAGAGCUGACCCAGAACACACAAAAGUCACAAGGGAGAAGCCAGUUAUCAAGAAGAGAUGGAAUCGCGCGAAAUUGUCACUGUCCGAGAGGAAAAAUCGCGUUGCCCAGAAGAAGGCAUCUUUCCUCAAGACUUUGGAGGAAGCAGAGAUAUAACCAUUCUUUAUUUAAGAUCGUCUUUACAAUGUAUACACAAAUUUAUGUGUAUUAACC